GUAUUUAAGAGAUUAUGGCAUCUGAAACCCACAAUGUUAAAAAACGGAACUUUUGUAAUAAUAUUGAGGAUCAUUCCAUUGAUCUUCCUAGAAAAAGGAAUUCUAAUUUCACUGAUAAGAACAUGAAGGAGGUUAAGAAAUCUCCAAAACAGUUGGCUGCUUACAUAAAUAGAACAGUUGGACAAGCUGUGAAGAGCCCAGAUAAACCACAUAAGGUGAUCUAUUGCAGAAAGAAAGUUUAUCAUCCUUUUCCAAGUCCUUGUUACAGAAAGAAACAGUCCCGUAGAAGUGGGGUCUGUGUCAUGGCAAAUAAAGAAAAUGAACUGGCUUGUGCAGGUCACCUGCCUGAAAAGUUACACCGUGAUAGCCGAACAUAUGUGAUUAACUCCAGUGAUUCUGGCUCUUCACAGACAGAAGGCCCGUCAUCAAAAUAUAGUGGCUUUUUUUCUGAGCUUUCUCAGGACCAUGAAACAAUGGCACAAGUUUUGUUCAGCAGGAAUUUGAGGUUGAAUGUAGCUUUAACCUUUUGGAGGAAAAGAAGUAUAAGUGAACUUGUGGCUUAUUUGGUGAGGAUAGAAGAUCUUGGAGUUGUGGUCGACUGUCUUCCUGUGCUCACCAAUAGUUUACAGGAAGAAAAACAAUGCAUCUCACUUGGCUGCUGUGUAGACUUGUUGCCACUAGUAAAAUCACUACUUAAAAGCAAAUUUGAAGAAUAUGUAAUAGUUGGUUUAAACUGGCUUCAGGCAGUCAUUAAAAGGUGGUGGUCAGAGCUGUCAUCCAAAACAGAAACUAUAAAUGAUGGAAAUAUUCAGAUUUUAAAACAACAAUUAAGUGGAUUGUGGGAACAAGAAAACCAUCUUACUUUGGUUCCAGGAUACACUGGCAAUAUAGCUAAGGAUGUAGAUGCUUAUUUAUUACAACUGCAUUGAGAAGAUUCAUCUACUAAAGAAUGUUUGGUUACUCAAAACAUCCUGGGACCAUAUGAUUUCCAGAAAAAUGUCUCUUCUGAGAGCUUUGAACUGUGGAAGAAAUCAAAACCUUUUUUUUUUCUUUUUAAAAAUCCACAUAAUGAAGCCACUAAUGAAACCCUAACAAUCUACUUCACAUUGAAGUGGGAAAAUAUCCAAAAGGAGCAGCUUCAACUUCAGUGAGGUGAAAGUGCACUAUGAAGAUUGUUGGCCGUUGCUGCAUUUGGGAUUUAUAUGGUUAUUUGGUAACAUUGUUGAAAAACUACUGGGUCUUACUGCACUCCUGCAUAUUGCAUAAUAUAAUUUAUACUAUGUGAAAAAAUAAGACAGGACUUAUUACUAGGAACCACAAAGACCAAUCAUCAUGAAUUUUUUUAAAGAUUGUGUUUUAUAAGAAAACACUUAAAUGUGUGCAGCUAUUUUCUUAUGUUGAAAAGACUUUGAAAGUUUAAAACAUCAUAGCAAAUAAUCAAUAUUAAAAUUUUUUGUUCACACUGAGAUACUACUGUGUAUGUAAAAUGCCUUAAUAAUGAAUAAGCCAAUGUGUUAAGAUACCAAGAUGUGUUUUAAAAAAUGAAAACCAACCAUGCUUCUGACAUAAAAUCAUGGAAUUAAAUCACAGGUUUACAUACAUGUAGAAUGAUGGUGAAACCUAGUCUACACCUUUUAUGAAACUUGAGACUAUUUUUAGUAUCUCUGAUUUUUAUUUUUUUUGUCAGAAUCAUGUCAUGUAUGUAUGUGUUAUACUUGUAUUAAAAAAGGGUGAAUAUGUAUUUGUAUGAAUGCUUAACUGGAAAUGUCUAUGGAGUUGGCUAAUUUAUGUUCACUUUUUAUUACAUAUGAAUUUCUAAUAUUUUCAGUUCUGUAUCAUUUAAGCUUUCUUAAUUUGAGUAAAUUCACUAAAUAUUUC